AUGCAGCCUGUGGAUGGCACUAAUAAGCGCAGCCGACCUCAUUUAAAGAUUUGGCAGAAAAUUAAGAACUCAAGUAUUGUGAACGAGCAGAUUUCUGACCUUUUGUCUCGUCGUUCGAACCUUACUGAUAUCGAUGACUCGGCAGUUGAGAAAUUCUCCCAGUUGCCACUGUCUAAUCCAACCCUAAAAGGCCUCAAAGCUGCAUCCUUUAUCAAACCAACCGCAGUUCAGAGGAAGUCCCUUAAGCACUCACUUUCAGGCAGGGAUGUCAUUGUUGAGGCUAAGACCGGUAGUGGCAAGACUCUAGCAUUUGUCAUCCCCGUUUUGGAGUAUAUCUAUACAGAAAAAAUAACCGCUUUUGACGGUCCCGUUGCCGUCAUUCUUACUCCCACGCGGGAACUGGCCAAGCAAAUAUUUGCCGUCUUUCACCGUGUCGGGAAAUUUCACAGCUUUACAAUGCUUGACAUUAUGGGGGGAAAGACUCGGACAGGCAAACGCGAGGAGUGGCAGAGAGCUGCAAAGGCAAAUAUUCUCAUCGGUACACCGGGCAGGUUCUCACAGCAUCAACAAGAGAACCCCACACUAGACAUGUCCAAUCUCCACUUUCUUGUCUUAGACGAGGUGGACCGUCUCCUUGAUCCCACUUUUUGUCGCGAACUCUUUAUCAUAGCAGAAAACCUCACCACCAAUCGACAGUGUCUUCUUUUUUCUGCCACCCUGUCUAAGUCAGUUACGCGCCUGAAGUCGCCCGUAAUGAUUUCGACGGAGAGUAAAGGUGUCGGUGCGACUCCAGCUCACCUCAUCCAGUUCUAUUCUGUUGUGCCUUUGGGGAAGAAAUUGGACUAUCUGUGGAUUUUCUUACAAAGUCACUGCAAAAAGAAGGUCAUAGUCUUUUUUUCCACGCAAAAGCAAGUUCGAUUCGUGCAUGACCUCUUCCUGAAAAUGCGCCCAUUCUUUGCCGUCUUGCAGCUGCGUGGAAAUAUGUUGCAGAGCAAGCGGUUUAAAAUCUACGAAAAAUUCUUUCAAACUCCUAGGGGCGCAGUUCUACUCGCUACGAACGUUGCUGAACGCGGUCUGGACUUUCCGGAGGUACACUGGGUAGUGCAAUUUGACUGCCCAAAGCAGCUUGAUGACUACAUCCAUCGGGUAGGUCGUACAGCGCGAGCUGAGCGUGUGGGUCGUGCUAUCACCUUCCUCCUCCCGUCAGAGGUCAAAAUCGUCGAACUUCUUGCUAAGUGCAACGUCUACCUUCGUCAGCAGCAAUUUCCCGAGUCCAAGCUCCAACCGGUGGUAACGAGUCGGGCGCCUGCCCUCCUUGCCAGCCAGCCAGAGUUGGCGGCGUCGGCGCGUGCUGCAUUCACUGCCUACCUUCGCGACUACUGUUUCAUCCCCAAGGCCACCGGGUCCACUGCUAUUGCAGAAUCCUCCAACAUGUCCUCCGUCUUUCAGCCUUCUUCUCUGCCCAUCGAUGAGUUUGCCGCCUCUCUCGGUCUUCCCCUGACACCGGAGCUACCGAAGGUCAUGCUUCAACACCAGCCGUCGCGAGCUGUCAACACAAAACUGCAACAGAAGCUCAAACUCUUGUUGACAGACAGCAAAACGGAGGUGAGCAAGGAUAAAGAGCAGGAGGAAGGGAUUGAUAGUGAUGAUGACGGCCUGCUGCGGCGCAAGACCUUCUCCAUCCUUCGACCCGAGGUGAAGACGAAGGUGGAGGCCAGCGGACAGAAAAUCCUUGAAGUGAUCUCCAGUGAUGAGGAAGAUUCCUUCGACGAGGAAGAGAAGGCGCAGGAAGGUGAAGACAAGACUGUGGAACAGGUGGCUUUGAAGAACGCUCUUGCUAAGAAAACGACGCUGACUCGUGUUCAGUUGGCGAAGAGGGAACUGAAGAAAAACAUUCGACCGCACUCCAAAAUCGAAUUUGAUGAAGAGGGAAAUCCGCUGAUGAGGACAGUAGGUGGAGUGCCGGUGAGUGAUCUGGUUCCUGACACCGACACUGCCACCACCGACCACAUCCCUCCGGCCCGACUCGAUAUCGCGUCGGAGCGCGAGCGUCUGCGCACUGUGGUGGACGUGGAGGAUAAGGCGCGGUGGCGCGCGAUGAUCCGCGAGAAGCACCGCCUCGAGCGCAAAAAGGCAAAGGAGGCAUGCAAGUUGGAGAAGUCUGGCACUGCUCCGCGCCUCCUCGAUGAUGAGUCUGCUGACGAGGUUGGUGACAGUGGUAAUAUCGAAAGUGAUGGAGAAGGUGAUAGUGCAUCUGAAGAGCAGGAGGAGUACAGAGAAGAUGUGGAGUACGUAGAGGAGUCGGAAAAUGAAGAGGAACCGGCUAGCAAGCGUUCACGGAAAAAGUAA